AUGGCAGCAGCUGGAAGCAGGCAGUGGGGCGUCACGCCUCCCAUCUCAACAGCUCUUCCAACUCAGGAAGAGCUGGCGGCGAACGACGACCUCAUCGCGGAGCUCAAGGCGCAGAACAACUUUGAGCCACCUGCAGACUCGGAACGCAGGAUUCAAAUGCUUCAGCUCCUGCAAAGGGUGGCCCUCGAAUUCGUCAAAACCGUCUCACGAAAGAAAGGCCUCUCGCCCGCGGCAGUGGAGGCUUCGGGAGGCAAGAUCUUCACAUUCGGGGGUUACCGACUGGGUGUCUAUGGGCCAGGAUCCGAUAUCGAUACUUUAAUUGUUGGCCCGAAACAUGUGAGCAGCGAGGACUUUUUCACCGACUUUCCUCCUCUUCUUUAUCAGAUGGCACCCGAGGGAGUGGUUGAGAAGAUGACGCCCGUGCCGGAUGCCUUUGUUCCGAUCAUCAAGAUGGACCUUGCCGGGAUCAGCAUCGAUCUUCUCUUUGCUCGACUGGUGAUCCCUUCGGUGCCCAUGAACCUCGAUCUGAAGAACAACGACUAUCUGCGCGGCUUGGAUGAGAAAGAAGUCAGGUCACUGAAUGGAACGCGAGUGGCGGAUGAGAUUUUGGAGCUUGUCCCUCAGCAAAAGACGUUCCGUAUUGCUCUGCGUGCAAUCAAGCUAUGGGCACAGCGUCGCGCUAUUUAUGCGAAUAUCGUCGGAUUUCCCGGAGGUAUUGCUUGGGCGAUGUUGGUUGCACGAGUCUGCCAGCUGUAUCCUGCUGCAACCGGGUCAGUCAUUGUCGGCAAGUUCUUCAGGAUCAUGAAUAAGUGGGCAUGGCCUCAGCCUGUUCUACUCAAGCAGAUUGAGGAAGGACCCCUUCAGAUUAAGGUCUGGAAUCCCAAGCUCUACCAUGGUGACAGGUUCCAUUUGAUGCCUAUCAUCACCCCAGCCUACCCUUCCAUGUGUGCAACGCAUAACAUAUCCAUGUCAACCAAAACCGUCAUUCUUCGAGAACUUCAAAGAGGUGGAGAUGUUGUGGAUAAGAUCUUCACGAAACAACUGUCAUGGAGUGAUCUCUUCACUCGGCAUACGUUCUUUACCAACGACUACAAGUACUAUCUCAGCAUUACGGCCUCAAGCAAGACGAAGGAGGAUGAGGCUGUGUGGUCUGGCCUUGUAGAGUCGAAACUUCGUCAUCUAGUCGGUGCCCUUGAUCGCAAGCCAAUCAUUGCAGUGGCUCAUCCUUUCCCCAAAGGAUUCGAAAGGGUUCAUCAGGUUGCCAGUGCCGAAGAGAUGGAAGAGGUCAAAAAUGGUUCCACUAAAUAUCAAGCGAAGGGAACCUCAACAGAAACCACCGACGAGAUCAAGGACCCGGCUCACGAAGCCGCUGCGCAAAAUGGAAUGGAAAACGCCACUGUUCUACCGCCAGCGGAUACAUCUAACCAGUCUGCACCCAAGCCAGAAGGUUCUGGUCAGACUGUGUACACCACCACUUACUACAUUGGUCUUGAAUUGAAGCCAUUGGAGCCGGGUGCGUCCCGGUCUCUGGACAUCUCCACAGACUCGCAUAUUUUCAAGUCGACAUGCACCUCUUGGUCGGGCUACAUUCCCGACAUUCAUGACUUGGCUGUCACCCACGUUCGCAACUUCGAUUUACCCGACGACGUUUUCCAACCUGGCGAGACACGGCCCUCCCGACCGAAGAAAAAGGUUGUCAAGAAACCUGACGCGACUGGUCAGAAGCGACGCCUCGGCGAGAUGCACGACUCAUCACUGGACGCUUCCCAAGGAGCCCCUAAGCGACAGGUCACGCCGAGCAGUUUUUCCAACACUGCUACGCCUGCGUAA